UGCCCCCAGCGCUCCCUGGAGACCCCCAACCCGCGGGGGGCGUUCGUGAUGUGCCUCCCCCCCCCCAACGUCACCGGGACCCUGCACCUGGGCCACGCCCUGACCGUGGCCAUCCAGGACACGCUGGCCCGCUGGCACAGGAUGCGGGGUCUCACCACGCUCUGGGUGCCCGGCUGUGACCACGCCGGCAUCGCCACCCAGGUGGUCGUGGAGCGGCGGCUGCAGCGCUCGCGGGGCCUGAGCCGGCACCAGCUGGGCCGGGAGGCCUUCCUGGGGGAGGUGUGGCGCUGGAAGGACGAGCCCGACCCCCCGGACCCCCAGAAAAUGAGCCGGGCGGUGACCGAGGCCUUCGUGAGGCUGCACGAGCAGGGCCUGAUCUACCGGAGCCGGCGCAUCGUGCACUGGAGCUGCGCCCUGCGGUCAGCCAUAUCCGACAUUGAGGUGGAGAAGCGGGAGCUGGGGGGCCCUGGGGGUCUCUCAGGGAUUUGGGGGAUUUUUGGGGUCUGGGGGCCCCGCGGGUCUGGGGUCCCCGGGGUGACCCCGCGCUCAGCCGAGGGCGAGGACGCCGAGGUCGUGGUGGCCACGACGCGCCUGGAGACCCUGCUGGGGGACGAGGCCGUGGCCGUGCACCCCGAGGACCCCCGGUACCAGCACCUGCGGGGGCGGUUCGUGCUGCACCCAAUCACAGGGCGGCGCCUGCCCGUGCUGCACGACGCCUUCGUCGACCCCGCCUUCGGCACCGGUGAGGGGCGGGGCCGGGGGGGCAUGCCGCGGUUCACGGCGCGCGCGGCGCUGCUGCAGACCCUGAAGGAGCGGGGGCUGUUCCGGGGGGUCACCGAGAACCCCAUGGUGGUGCCCAUCUGCAGCCGCUCCAAGGACGUCCUGGAGCCCCGGGCUGUCCCCCAGUGGUUCGUGCGCUGCCAGGGCCUGGCCGGGGCCGCGGCGGCCGCCGUGCGCAGGGGGGACCUGAGGCUGCACCCGCCCGGCCACGCCCGCACCUGGUUCACCUGGAUGGACAACAUCAGCGGGCUCUGGGAUGAAGAUGAGGAGGAUGAGGAUGAGGAUGAGGAAGGGCAGCUGUGGGUCAGCGGGCGCUCCCCGGACGAGGCUCGGGCCAAAGCGGCCGCGGCGCUCGGGGUCAGCCCCGACCUGGUCAGGCUGAGGCAAGACGAGGACGUGCUGGACACUUGGUUCUCCUCCGGCCUCUUCCCCUUCUCCGUCUUCGGCUGGCCCGAGCCGACCCCCGACCUGGAGCGAUUCUACCCCGGCUCGCUGCUGGAGACCGGCCACGACAUCCUGUUCUUCUGGGUGGCCAGGAUGGUCAUGCUGGGGCUGGCCCUCACGGGGAAGCUGCCUUUCCGGGAGGUGUACCUGCACGCCAUCGUGCGCGACGCCCACGGGCGCAAGAUGAGCAAAUCCCUGGGGAACGUCAUCGACCCCCUGGACGUCAUCACCGGGGUCACGCUGCAGGUGGGGCCCAAAAACCCCAAAAACACCCCAAUAUCCCAAAAAUGUAAACGCGACUUCCCCGAGGGGAUCCCCGAGUGCGGGACGGACGCGCUGCGCUUCGCGCUCUGCGCCUACACGGCCCAGGCCGCCUCAGCCGUGUCCCCACCCCAGGCCCUGUCCCUGUCCCUGGCUGACCGCUGGGUCCGCAGCCGCCUCAGCCGCGCCGUCCGGAGCUGCGGCGCCGCCCUGGGGGGCUUCGACUUCCCGGGGGCCACCACGGCCGUGCACGGCUUCUGGGUGUACGAGCUGUGUGACGUCUACCUGGUAUGGGGACAUUGGGGACCCGCGCCCCCUCCCCAGUUCUGCUGGCAGGACGAGGAGGCCGAGACCACCAUGGAGUUCGUGCUGGGCAUCGCGCGGGCGCUGCGGAGCCUGCGGGCAGCGCACGGCCUCACCCGCCAGAGACCCCCCUGUGCGAGCCCACCCACCUCGGGGGUCCUGGGGGAUCCUGGGGGGGUCCUGGGGGGCUGCAAUGGGGACCCCCCUGUUUUUGGGGUCCCGGUUUGGGGUUUUUGGGGCUCAGUUUGGGGUUUUCGGGGUUCCCCCAUCCCUAACCCCAUUUCUGGGGGUCUCUCCCCAUUCCAGGGGGUCGUGGACCCCCCCUCGGAGCUGGCCCGGCUCGGGGGGCGCCGCCUGGAGCUGUCCCGGGCCCUGCAGCGGCUCCGGGAGCGCCGGGGGGGCCCCGGGUACCCCCUCAAGGUGCCCCCCCACGUGCAGGAGGCCGACGAGGCCAGCGCCGGGCCACGCCCCCCGCCGGCCACGCCCCUCCCGCAGGCCACGCCCCCCAGACUCACCAGGAACAGCGCCAUCUGUCGGCGCUGGGCGGGGCUCAGCUCCUCCCCUGGGGGCGGGGCCAAGGUCAGGGGCGUGGCCUGGGCCCUCAUUGGCUCCUCAGCCAAUCCCUGCUGGCUCCGCCCACCGCUGCCACGCCCUGCGCUCCCAUUGGCUGAGUGUGGCCACGCCCAGUCCAGGCCACGCCCAGUCCUAGCCACGCCCAGCCCCUGA